AUGUUUGACAUUAUGGCUGCCCUGUGGCCUCGCCCUUGCCUGGUGGCUCGGAUGAUCUGGCCCGAGAAGCAUCGUCUGAACAUGUGGCUUUGCUAUACUGGGAUGGUUUUGGCCAUCGUGGGCACUGUUGACGAGACCAUCGUCGCGAUGUAUCUCUACGGCAUCAACUUUGCCGGGUGGCCAUCCGCCGCCCAAUGGACCACGCCAAUUAGCCAUGUUCUCUUCGUGAUUGGUCAGGGCUCCAGCUCAAAAAUCAUGUUCGCCCUGGGCAGGAAACAUCGAAAACAGCUGAAGCAGCUCAGAGUUGCCGAAGAGGAUGCUGAGUCGGCUGCUAAUAGCGAGGAAGAUUCGUUUACAGAGCGUGUUUAA